AUGAAAGGAAAAUGUAUAAAGAAAAUUUUUAGAAUAAUCUCCCAGAAUGAAAUUGAAUUUAAACUGGCAAUUUCGGCAAUAUUAUUGAACUUUGAGAAUAAAGACGAAUCCUUAAAUAGUGUUUUAAAGUAUAAGGAGAACAAAGAUCAUAAUGAAUCAAAUUACAUUUUAAAAAUAAUUAUGACAUCAUUUAAUCCAAUAGAACUGACUACAAAACUCGGUGGGCCAUGGGAAGGCUAUUUUGUAUGGGAUGUUAUAAAGGGAAAUAUAUUGAAUAGUUAUGAUAAGGGUGACCAAAAAAACUCAUUAUUGAAUUUUUUGGAAAUGAUGGAUGAUGAAUCUCCAUCAGAAAACUUAUUAUCAAUGAAUUUAAUGAAAUACUUUGAAUAUAUGGAUAAAAUUCCAAAUCCCAGACCAAUUGAUAAUACCUUUGAAGAACCUACAAAAGAAAAGGAUUAUAUAUUAAUUAUUAAAUUUGAAGGAACAGAUUCAGAAAUAAUACUACAUUUGAGAUCUACUUUCCAUAAUAACAUUAAGGACUCCUCAACAAUGGAGAAUAUUAAUAUUAUUACGUGUCUUAAAGAAAUGGUAGAACUAAUUAAGCUUGAAAAUUUUAAUCUACAUGAGAAUUUACGUAAUUUAACUGAAUUAAGUAAUAAUAAGCAAGUAACCAAUAAUACAGAAAAUGAUGAAUCUCAAUAUAAUGGAAAUAAUAGUGAAGAUAUUAAAAUGAUUGAUAAUUAUAAUAAUGUAAUAAACCAAUUGAGUUCACCAAAUACACGUGGAACUUUAGAAUUAUCGGAACUAAGAAUUCCAUCAUAUUUAAAUAAUUCUCAAGGAAAUAAUAAUUCAAAAAUGCAGGAUAUAAAUAACUCAUACUUGAUUGAUAAGCAAAGUAAUAAAGAUACCAAUAAUUAUGUCACUAAUAAUAGUUGUAAUAAUAAUAAUAUCAACUCAAAGGUUUUAAACUCUGAUCUAUUACAUAACCAGAUUAAAACUUACAGGUUUAUUAAAGAUUCUUUCAAAAAUGGAAAUGAUCAAUAUAAUGGUUCUUAUUCUACAAGUUCUCUUCCUGCAUAUUAUUCCUCCUCUUUCUCUCCCUCUUCCUCUUCAAGAACAAAUAGGAAGAACUCUGCCUUAAGAUCUGCAAUAGAUUCUGUUCGUAGAACUCAAAAUGAUUUAAUAUCCAGACAAACCAGUGCCUUAAGUAAUAGAUUCAACUUUAAUAAUGAUUAUGAUGAUUUCUACAACAUCCAAGACUACGCCCCAAAAUAUAAUCACACAACCAUUUCUUCUGAAUUAGAAUCUGACAAUUAUUCUUAUUACAAGUACUUUCAAAAACUCAAUAAAAGUAGACAAAGACAACAUAAUUAUGAACAACCAAACAUUAACAAUUACCUAAUAAAUGACAGAAAUAAGAAUAAUUAUGAAUUAAAAACACCAAAUAAUACAAGAAAGAUAAUUCCUUUAUAUACGAGAGAACAAUUAAUGAAAAAAUUAUCAAAUACUAAAGAUAUAAGUGAAAGAAUUAAUAUUCUUAAGAAUAUGAUUAAAAGUACUAAGAAAGAAUCUUACUACAUUGAUGAAUUUGAUUAA